AUACUUGUAUGUUUGUAGAGUGAACGAGGCUUUGUCGCAGCAGCCCCAGUCGCAGCCACAUCAUCUGAGCAUCCACCAAAUUCGCACACAGUGGCCAGCAGAAGACGAGCAACAAACCGAAUGCAGUAUCUCAAUUACGCGCUGCAGACAUCCACGCGACUGCUGACGGCCCACAGCAACACCAACACUAACACGAAUACAAACACGAACAACAACACACAGACGAGCAACAAGCCCCACACACCUACAGACGAGGACAUUGAGCGGGCCUGCUGCAGUCGAGGCGCUCAAUUGCUCAGACAACGCAAACAGGAGUUGGCCAAACGUCGCGCUCUCGAGGAUCAGCUGAACGCGAACGCCGCAUUCAUCGAGCAGCAGCAGUUGGAGCUACAGCAGGAGGAGCAAGAGCGGGAACGGGAGCGAAGAGAGCAGUUGCCACUGUUCCACAUCAGCUACGACGAUACUGAGGGCGCUGUGGGCGGCUACGAUCCGAGCACAGGCGGUAACGAGCGAGAGCAGCAGCAACAGCAGCUGGCAGAGGCGGAGGACGACGACGAGGAGGACGAGCAGCCAGUCCAAUGA